AUGGAUAAUGUUAACUCUUGCUUAAUGAUGUUGAAUGGGCAAAGCACAGAGGAGAGUGAAUGUCCAAAGGAUGAAUUGAAUGAUUCAAUAGAUUUGUACAUGGAUUCGAAGAUUAAUGCAAUCGAAAUUCGGAUUGUGAAAUACUUGCACGGGAUGGGUAUUCAGACUAAAACAGAUCCAGGUUAGAAGGAAUAGCAAUAUUGGAGUUCAAAAAGACUUGAGAGUAACAAGAAAUUAGAACUUUUUUGGAGUGAUAGCAAUUUGCCAAUGAAUUCUCCAUUAAUUCGUUUAUUGAAGAGUCGACAAUCUCAAACAUUCUAACAUUUUGGAUAGAGUGCAAAAUCUAUUCAAGAUUUCGGAACUUACUGA